GUUGUCUAUUUGAGUAGAUAAUGUAGGGUAGUGUUUGUUUUUAAUGUUUCUACUAAAAAAAUGAUAAAUAUAUAUUUCGAGAAACGAUGAAUAGUGUUAGCGGUUGCUGUAGGUUUCGGUAACACAAACGUGUUCUCGUGCGUAAACCGAAAACAGCAGAGAAAGUAGAAGAGCUCGCAAUAUUUUUGAGGGUUUUUUAUUUUUCUUUCUUGUGUAAUGAAACGAUGCCGCUGGGUUUAAAGCCAUGUUGUGCUGUCUGCAAGACGAAUUCAUCCUCGAUGUGGAAAAAGGGAAACCAGGGAGAAAUCCUCUGUAACAACUGUACAGCUAAAAGCAGCAUCACAGGAGCGUCAGGACUGACGGUGUCCUCCAGCACACAGCAGAGUAAUGGCGGGGGCAAGCAGUCUAAACAGGAAAUCCACAGGCGGUCAGCAAGAUUGAGGAGCACCAAGUACAAGGCGCCUGCGUCCGAGAAGAAAGUUUCAUCAAAAGGAAAAGGAAGACGGCAUAUUUUUAAACUAAAAAAUCCUAUUAAAGCUCCUGAGUCCGUGUCCACCAUAAUCACUUCAGAGUCAAUCUUCUACAAGGGUGUUUACUAUCAGAUAGGGGAUGUGAUAAAGGUAACAGACGAAGAGGAUGGUAAACCUUACUUUGCACAGAUCCGUGGCUUUGUUCAGGACCAGUACUGUGAGAAAAGUGCUGCAUUAACGUGGCUGAUCCCUACACAGUCGAGUCCAAGAGAUCACUUUGAUCCAGGCACUUACAUAGUCGGUCCAGAAGAGGAUUUGCCCCGAAAAAUGGAAUACCUUGAAUUUGUUUGCCAUGCACCAUCAGAAUAUUUCAAGUCAAGGAGCUCACCAUUUCCAACAAUACCUAUUCGCCCAGAGAAAGGCUACAUUUGGACUCAUAUUGGACCUAUGUCCACUGUGGCAAUCAAAGAAACUGUUGGUUGUAAUUAAAUCUAACUUUAUAAACUGAAAUCAAUAUUUGAAUAAUGAUUAAGGGAGUAUUAUAUUCUUUAUUAUGUCAAUGGCAAAAUGUUCUUUCUCCUGACAUAUAUUCUGAUGUUCCUCUCAGUAUAGUGGUAGUCUAGUGUGGCUACCAUGUGACUGUUUCAUGGUUAGUUUGGUACCAUUUCGGGUAACAAAUGAAAACCUUCUCAGACACAUUUUGGAAAGACAAACGCCACGUUGUAAUGUACAAUGUAAGGAGAAGACGGCUAGUCCUCUAGAAGACCUUGUUCCUGCCCAGUAUAGUGCAGAAUUCUAAAUAGUUUGACAGAAGUCUGUGCUGGAUGUUCAAGCAGAAACUAAUAAUUUGAAAUAAAUGAAAUCAUUUGUCAUUUGUUAAACAGAAAAAUUAAUGAAAUAAAUUCAGAUGGU